AUGGCUCCCGAAGUCGCCAUAUCCUGGAAAGCGUUAGCCAUGGCAGCCAAGGCUAACAACCAGAUAGACGUUGAGAAGCUCUCAAGCAACCUCGAACCUGAGACGGCCCAUCUUGAGAGGCCAACUAUUAACCUGGGAAAUGAGGCCGUCUUGCUCGAUGUUACUGCCGGUCACAUUGACGGCUCUCUGCUCGGUGAUUUGAAACUGGCAAAAGAUGGACAUACGGUCCUGAUUCCGCAGCCGUCAGAAGAUCCGAAUGAUCCUCUGAACUGGUCAUCCUUCAAAAAGCAUAUGAUCCUCGUGAUCCUGGGCAUCGCGGCUGGUUUGGGGGAUUUCACGUCAACGCUGGGCAUCCCUCCUAUCAUCUUGCAGGGCGUCAAAUGGAAUUUAUCCCCGGCAGUCGUGAAUUACAACAACAAUCUCAAUGUUCUCAUGCUUGCCAUCGGCGGCCUCUUUUGGGUUCCGUUUGUAUACUUCUGGGGACGUGCUCCAGUUUUGUUUUGGACGACACUAGCCGGCACGCUCUUUUCACUAGGCACCAUCCUUACAGAUGAUUUCAACACGUAUUAUGCCCUUCGGGCUCUGCAAGGCUUCUGUCUGUCCUCAGUCCAAGGCAUUGGCUUGAACUUUAUCAAGGACAUGUUCUUCUUCCACGAACAUGCCCGCAAGAUUGGCAUCUGGGCAGCCAUCUUCCUAACAUGUCCUUAUCUCGGCCCACCCUUUGGCAACUUCAUUAUUGCUGGCACUGGUACAUACGUCGGCUGUCUGUGGCUGGGAUUUGCCUGUUGCUGUGUCAAUUUGACUCUCAUUAUCCUUUUCUUGGACGAAACGUGGUAUAGGCGCGAAGUUCCAAUUGAAGACCAACCAGCUCGCGGCCAGCGACUACUCCGCGUCGUUGGCAUUUGGCAAAUUACUGUCCAGAAAGGAUAUUUCCUGUCCAUCCGAGAGUCGUUCUAUCGACUUCUUCGAGUUUUCGUCAAGCCUAUCAUCAUUCCGAGCAUGAUCUAUUUUGGUAUCAAUAUCAUGUGGGCAGUGGGCAUCAACAUCGAGACGUCGGUUCUAUUUACUGUCCCCAAAGAAGCGGGUGGAUAUGGGUUUGGCCCAAACGCCCUUGGAGCAAUCUGUCUGACACCGGCAAUCGGCACGAUCUUGGCAGAGAUCUGGGGUCAUUUCUUCAACGACUGGCUUGCUAACCGGUACAUCAAGAAGCACGAAGGUGUGUUUGUUCCCGAAGCCCGUCUCGUCACCAAUUAUGUCGCCGCCGUCAUCAUGGUUCCUGGCCUUGUAAUCCUUGGAGAGGCAUUGCAACAUACACUCAAUUACGGUGCAAUCAUUAUCGGUUGGGGAGCCUAUACUGCCGGCACCUUGGCUGCGUCUGUCUCACUGACCGCCUAUCUUCUGGACGCGUACCCCGUUGCAGCAGGAGAAGUCAACGCUCUUCUCAAUUUUGCUAGAGCGAUAAGCGGAUUCUCUGUCGGGUAUUUCCAAGUGCAAUGGGGAGCGAAGGUCGGGUAUGAUGGAUCUUUCGGAACACAGGCAGCUAUUGUCGGUGCAUCUGUGGUCAUUAUUGUUGUUCUUCAUAUCUAUGGCGGUCGAAUGCGUGCCAAAGGCGGUCACGUAUGA